GGGAAUUAGGAAAUAAUUUCAACAUGGCGCCCGGUUGUUCGGAGUGUGUGUGUGUGAAAGUGCAGUGAAAAUAUGUUAAUAUCUAGUGUUUUUAGUGAUAAUUUUAGUGUUUAAGUGAGAAGCGUGUGCUUUAAUGCAGUGGUUUUCUUAUCAUGGCAUUGGAUUUACGCCUGCAUUCUCCUGCAGGCGCGGAACCUGUUGUUUAUACAUGGCCCCUCACUUCAGGUCAUGGCUCGGACAAACACGAUGGGGCCUUGGAGAUAGUGGAAACCAUACGGUGGGUGUGCGACGACUUGCCGGAGAUGAAGGCUGCACUCGAGAACAACAUCCUGUGCGACUACGACACCCACUCCUACGAAAGCAUGAGAGCACUCUGCGACCGUUUCAACCGGGUCAUCGAUUCUGUCGUCGCUCUGGAAAAAGGCACUUCAUUACCAGCUCAACGCUUGAACAAAUAUCCGUCGAGAGGAUUAUUGAAGCAUAUCUUGCAACAAACAUACAAUCAAGCUGUGUCAGAUCCUGAUAAGCUCAAUCAAUAUGAACCAUUUUCACCAGAGGUAUAUGGAGAGACUUCAUAUGAAUUGAUAAGCCAGAUGAUUGACCAAAUUGAUAUAACAUCAGAAGAUGUUUUUGUAGACUUGGGGUCAGGAGUAGGUCAAGUCGUGUUGCAGAUGGCCGCAGCGACACCGUGCCGCGUUUGCCUUGGCGUUGAAAAGGCAGAAGUUCCUAGCAAAUAUGCUGAGAGUAUGGACUUUCACUUUAGGAUGUGGAUGAGGUGGUAUGGCAAGAAGUACGGAGAAUAUAAAUUAAUAAAGGGUGACUUUUUAUUAGAUGAGCAUAGAGAGAAAAUCAAUGCUGCAACUAUAGUGUUCGUGAAUAAUUUCGCAUUCGGUCCACAUGUAGACCAUCAAUUGAAGGAACGGUUCGCUGAUUUGAAAGAUGGGGCAAAGAUCGUAUCGUCAAAAAGUUUUUGUCCUCUAAACUUCAGAAUAACAGACAGAAAUUUGAGCGACAUUGGGACCAUCAUGCAUGUCAGUGAAAUGUCACCAUUGAAAGGAUCUGUUUCAUGGACUGGGAAGCCUGUAUCUUAUUAUUUACAUAUUAUAGAUAGGACCAAAUUGGAGAGAUACUUUCAAAGACUGAAAAAUCCGAAACUCAAGGUCAGCAAAAGGGGCACACACAAUGGUUGUGAGGACGGCGAAGGCAGCAGUAAACGACAUUUGAGUGCCCCGCCAACGCGGCAACCCACGCCUGACUUGCUCAAUGGCAACAGUAACCACAGCACUGGCUCACUGCCUGAGCGCAGGAGAAAAGUGGCUAGAGCGAGACCCGUCCGGGGUGAGAAUGGAAGAACACGAGCCCGUGCUGCAGUAGCGAAGCGACGUGUUGCGCGGCGCUCCAGCGAUGAAAGCGACGAGGAGUCCAGUGGUACUGACGACGCACCGCCGGGGCCCGAACCUGCGCCUCGAGAAUGGGGUGCGCCUUGGGCUUCAUCUUCAGAUUCGAAUCGCAGCAGACGGUCAACAAGCAAACGUAGUGCAAGCGCAGGUGGCGCACGUAGACGCGCCGCUCGCGCUAAACGUCGCCGCGGCGCACCACCCUCGAUUGCUGGACUGGAUUUGUUGCACUCCACUACACUUGCGUCUACGCUACGCAAUGGAGCUGUAACUGCGCCACCGCCUGGCUGCGUGGAACAGCGUCUAUCGGCGCUUGGAGUGCAACUGCAACCUGCGGACCGAUUGCAUUCAGAACUGGAUAUACCACGCUCACCGCACACGCCGUACAGCCUACAGUUACUCCUCGAUAUGUUUCGAGACCAAUAUCUUGCUUUCAUUAAUCGUAUGAACUCACCAGAAUACGCUCAUGAGAUCCGGCAUCAAAUAGAUAAAGAGAAGGAAAGAAAUCAAAAAUUAAAAUCAAGGGCUUCUCAGUUAGAUAAACAGAUCAAUGUAUUAAUUAGCGACAGUGUUGCUUUGCUAAAAGCACGUAUGAGCGAGUUAGGUAUACACGCUAAUAACACUGUGGAUUUGUUGGCAAAGGCUAAAGAGAUCGUAGGAAGACAUAAAGAGUUACAAAGUAAAGCAAGCAAACUGCAGGCGCAGGUUAACAAUAUAGAAGCUGAACAAGCUGUGCUGGUUAAACAAAGAACAUUUGAAAUAACAGAGAAAUAUAGGCAAAUGGGUCAUAUACCUCCAGAUGUAGAGAUUACUCAGAAUAUUGCACAUGAUUGCAUAUUAAAGGAAAUAUCUGCUACAUUAGCGCAUCGAAAAAGAUUACAUGCGCAGGUGGGUUUGCUUCAAAAUGAGAUUGUACAAAUGGAAAGAGCUGGCGAACAACAAAAAGUGGUUCCUUCGUGUGUUCCUGUCGCUACAGUCAAACCUCAUACGGUAAACUCAAAACCGAGGAAAUCCAGGGAACAUCGCUCGAGGUCUCAGGAAUGGCCUGAUGUGCCAGAUGUAGGAAAAAUUGAGGAACAAAAUCCAGAGAUCCUCGCACAAAAGAUUCUGGAAACCGGUCGACAAAUUGAAGCCGGGAAAAUCGCUAAACCGAACGUAAUCGUAAACGGGUAUACUAGAGAUCCCGACAGGCACAUCGAAUCGCACCAUCGUCAACAGAAGCCGACCGCACCCGUGCACCGUACGCAGCCGCAGCCGCAGUCGCUGCGGCCUGCUCAGCCGCCACCACAACUCUCGCAUCGCCAUUCACCAGUGAAGCCCCAGAAGCCCCUCAACGUGGUAUCCAAGGUGCAGGAGUCACCGAAGGUGAUCAAUUUCGAGGAUCGACUCAAGAGUAUCAUUACCUCGGUUCUGAAUGAAGACCAGGAGCACCGCAAGGCGUCGCGUCAACCGGCGCCGAAUCAUACAUACAGUAACGGUUACGUUCGCUCGUCGAGCGCGCAGCACGCGGCGUACCCGGCGCGGGCGGCAGGCGGCGGCGCGCCGGCGGGCGGCGGCGCGGCGGGCCCGGUGUUCGCGCGCGGCGUGGCCCGCGACCUGCGCCGCGAGCGCUACCCGUACGAGCGGCGCGCGGACGGCCAGCAGCGCCUGCCGCCCCCGCACAUGGAUGGACGGCCCCCCGAUCUACGCCAUCAUCACGCUCAUCCCUCUCAGCCCGACUACACACAGGUGUCACCGGCGAAGUUGGCAUUGCGCCGACACCUGUCUCAGGAGCGAUUGGCGACGCCCGGCGCGCGUACCAUUGGCGAUCUUGUUAACGGGGAGAUUGAAAGGACACUCGAGAUCUCUAACCAAAGUAUCAUUAAUGCAACGGUCAAUAUGAGUGCUCGAUACCACGAACCCGAUCGUGCGCCUCAUCAACCCCUUGAAGGGUUAGCAGCAUGUCUACAGGCGCGAGUACUUGCAUCUGAUUAUUGGCGUGGACGCAAUGGAAAUGGUGGCGGUGUGGGCGAACCAGAGGAGGCUAUCCGACGUCGCACUCCACCGCUUGAUCCACAUUCUAACACGUCGACACCUCUCGUCGAUGAAUUACCCGACGGCGGUCGACCCCCAGAAGGGGAAGGUGGCGAAGAAGUCGACGAGAGCAAAUGGCAGGACAGGAUCGCUUUUCGGUUCGAUCAGAUUAUAUCGUUCGCAUCGACUGCUAUGGAAGACAAGCGGCGGCGUUCAGACGAAGCGUGUAAUACGUCGCCUGACUCUGGAAUCGGUCACGGUGAAGCCGCCCGCGCGGCUUGUGAGGCUCGGGCUAGUGGCGCUGCGAUUACGCCGGGGACGGCACCGGGGGCGGGUGUCGGCGGCGCUGCGGCAGGCACAGGCGCGGCGUGCGGCAGCGAAGGCCGGUCGCCAUCGCCGCUGCCGGCGCACCACUUCAAGAAACGUUUCUUCCGGCGCGAGCGCUGGGGAGCGUGGAGCGGGCCGCCGCCGCCUGCCGCCGUGGACUGGGAGCGGCCGGCGAUGUGACGGCCGCGCACCUAGCGCUGCGACGUGUGCCGGUUCGCGCACCAGCGCUGCUCCUAGUACCGCCUAGUAUUGUCGCGGCAAACAACUUGAACAUAAUCAUACUCGUUAGAUGACAAUGCGGUCCCAAAGCUAUACCGAGUAGUUAUUGUUAGUUUUGACGGGCGUCUGAUGAAGCAGCAGCUCGCCUAGUGAAUACUGGCUCUGACAAGGCGUAGAUGGUGCGAGGUAAACUACGAUGUUGACAUAAAAAAAUAUUUACGUAUUUCAGAGAUUUUCAAAGUGGGUGUUACGUGCCCUUUGGUAGGUUUAGAGUUCUAUUAUGAGAUGAAGUGUGGGCUAUCUGUUACAUCUUUUUACUUAAUAUUUGUUGCACAAGUCAUGGCAUUGAAAUCGUGUCCAGGUUGUUUGCCAGUAUCUAUACGAGCGCUGCGUUGCGCCUUUCUAGUAUAAUUUUUUAUCGGAACACUGCCGACGCGAGAGAAUGAGUGAAUGUAUUUUAUGUAAAUAGAGUUGGCUCGAUAGUUGUCGAGUCAUUCUAGAGCAGCGACUUUUGUCGAGCCCAUCUCGUAUGUUGUUUGUGUCGAUUUUGUUACAUUUUUUUUUUCGAAUAUAUAAUGUAAUUAUGUAUAUUAUUGAGUUUAUUUUACGUUUAAGACUUGUAAUUAUUUAAUAUUAGAUUUAUGUCGCCGUUUCGUUGGGGCGCUCCGAAAAACGUUUGCGCAGCGACGGAUUGUAUUUCAUGUGUUCAUUUAGGUAUUAGAGUUUGAAAUACAUGACUCAGUGAUGACGCAGCGGAUCUUCCUUACACCGGUCGUUUGGUGAAUGUUUGUUGUUUUAUGAGUUUUGUUUUACAAUGUUACGGGAAGCUCGGUCUGAAUAAUGUUAUCAUUCCUUUGAAGAAGUCUUAAAAUUUACAUAAUAUUAUAUCUAUAAAGAACUUGUGUAAACUACGGGAAUACUAUUAAUUGGGUAUGAAACCGCUGUAGUGUAAUUUAGUAUAAUUUAAAGGGGCUAAUACAGAUUUUAAGUUUUAUAACUGCCUUGCAAGCGAUAUUACUAAAAGUAGCAUGUAUUGUUAUGAAAUAGCUCGUGGUCACUCAGAAAAGGAGAUUUGACAUGUAUAAUAUAAAUAAUAAUUGUAUAGAAUAAAAUAAGUAGUGUAUAAAAUAUUGUACUAAAUCAGGGAUAAUAGCUACUACUUGACUAUUAGAGUUAAUAUAAGUCCUACCGAAGGCCCGAAAUGGCAAGGUGCUUAUAAUAUAUGAAGAUUAAAGGUAAAAAUAGCUAAUUGUCAAUACAAUAAAAGCAAUCUUAUACCAGUACAUCUUUUAUUAAUUAAAUUAGGACUUGUGUUCACAUAAUAUAUAUAUAUAUAUCGAAUUGGAUUUAUUUUAUUGUAAUUUUUAUAUAUAUUUAAACGAACAAUGUGUUACUUUACAGAAGUACAAUAUUAACUAUUUCAUUGAUUCAACAUCAUUUCGAUUUAUACCAAAGAUCAAAAACAGUAUGAUAUAUACAUAAGUAUAUAAUUAUUUAGCAACACUAUACUGAUUAAUAUGUGCUCUUUAUUGUACUAAAAAAUGAUUUUGUAAGGACCUCGAGCUAUUUAAAAGGAAGUAGUCAAUAGUAUCCCAAAACCAUAGCAUUUAUGUAUUUUGCACAUCAUCUAAAAUUAUUAUCAGUUAAGGAAAAUUAUAUUUUAUAUAAACAAAAUAAUGGGAAUUAUGUAAUGUAUAUUCUUGCUUUAAUGAGUAAGAAUAUAUAUUUUCAGAAUAAAUUUAUUAUUUUCAGACAAAAGUCUUGAAUAUUUAGUGCCAAAAAGCAUGUAUAUAAAACCUGUAAAUGUGCUACUUAUCACAUUAUACUUGUGUCUGUAUAUGUGUCAAGUAAUAGUGUGAGAUGAAUGUUUGAACCGCAUUACGAAACAUGAGCAGAGGUGGAUUUUUUGUUGUCUCUUUAAUUUUAUAGGUUGUUGAGCUUAUUUUGCAUCUAAUUGAAUACUUGAAAUCAGUACUGCCUUAAAAUUAGACACUUGUUUCUUGCUCCUAUCUAUAUCUCAUACAAUUCAUAUUUUGAGAAGGUAGUUAAUAUUUUAAUGGAAUAGAAUGUAAGUACUAGCGUUUUUUCCAUUAUCCGAGUUAUAUACGUACAUUUAUGUAUAUACAUAGGUAACACCAAUGGUGCGGUUUACGAACUGCGAUAAUUUUGGGACCAUUUCUUCUGAAAACUGUUGUAUAAAAUAGACGGGCUCCUUCAAUAUCGAUUUUCUUAUUCAUAAUAAUGAAAACAGGAGACAGAAUUCACAUAUGUAUUUAUUAUUGAAAAUUUUCUAUUGAAUUAUGCAUGUAGAAGGAAUAGUAAAUAAUAAAUUUUAAUUAAAUAAAUCUACUAUUAUAUAUUAGUAUACCGAGUUUUAUCACUUCAUAUUGGUCAUCAAGAAAUUGAUAACGUCAUAGGCUAAAAUGUUUAAACACUAAAACAUAACACUAAAUCUCCUAAGGUUAAUUUGAAAUCUUUUUAAUUUGAAGGAAACGUGAAUUUGAAUAAUUCGAUAUUUGUUGAUAUUUAAUUCUUGUAACGAGCUGUAAGAGAAUAUAUUUUUGUUAAGUAAAAGUAACAAAUGUCUGAAUUUGAGCAAAUACUGAAUUCUUUCUACCAAUAAAGUCCACAACUCUAAACUUUGACCAUAUUUUGUGGAAGCAUUAAUUCGACUGGCUGCUUCGUUCGACUUACAAUUAUGAUGAUUUUUAACAAAAAAAAAAAAAAAAAAAAACAAUAUGUAUGUAGAAUAUAAAUAUUUUCCAUACGAUAAUCUAGUGAAGCGAAAAUCAAUCUUCAACUGUCCAUAGUCUUAUGUAAAUAAAUGUAUCAUUAUUUUUUUUUCUAGAGAUUUUGUUUUAAAGAACUAUAGUUAAUGAUACGGUUUAUUUUAACGUUUCUUAUCUAUGGCUGUUAUUACCACUAACCAAAACGUGUUCUUAUUGAAUAUGAUUAAUGUUUGAUGAUUUUCUAUACCUUUCAAUAAUUGAUUUUUGCUCACUAAAUAUUUAUAUUUAGCAUGUUUAUCUACAUGUUUAUUAAUGCACAACUGUAUUCUUAUCUAAAUGUUCGCGUCUAAAUUUUUUUUUUUCAUAACACUCGCUCACGAAAAUAUCCGCCUUUUAGGUGUAAGAUUUAAAAUCCAUUUCUUAUGAGUUUUCUGAAUGAAGAAAAAUAUAAAGAUUCAUUGUAGAUAGCUGUUACAUAAUAUUUAAUAACUAGGAGAUUAAUAUUGUUAUUAGUUUAAAGACAAAGUACCUAAUUUAUUCUGUAAAGAGGCUCAUAGUUUUAGAUUCUCUCUAUGACUUUUUACAGAAGGGGUAAAUGUCUACAACUUCUACUUAAUAAGUAUAUAUAUAUUUGAUUUAAUUUUCAAAAUACGUAAGUCGACUAAGUGGUUUUCAAUUCAAAAUGUGGCCUUUUAUAUUUACUAUAUUUUGCAAUGGUUAUUGAACCAUUUUUUAAAGUGGCACUAAGAGUGAUGUUUUUUCAUAAUAAGCAUUUUUGUGGGGUUUUAAUCAUUGAUUUUUUUUUCAAGUUUUCAGUUUGCAAAGGACAUUUACUAUAGUAUUACUUUGGCUUGGUAUCUUUAUGAUACCGAUUCAAAUUCUUUUUUAAACAAUAAUAUUAUUGUUCAAUUUUGAUAAUAGUUUUAGAAAAAUAAAUUUAUGCCUCUAUGUAAUUUAUAAAAAAAAUAACAAUUAUAAUUGGCGCACUUACGGACACUACAAAAUAUUUCAUUUCAAAUUCUUUUUGCAACAUUUUUGCAUAUAAUAUUGUUGUAGCGUAAGCGUUUCAUUCGAAAUAUUCAUAUGACUGUGUAGUGUAUCUAAUAAUUCUAAAAUUUGAGCAAUGGUAAUAAUAUUAAUUUGAGACCGAAGACUUGUGUUAAUGUAAGUGAUACUCAAGGUAAUAAAUAUUUAUAAUACAUAAACGACCUAAAGAGGGAUGUCACAUCAAUUUCUAUUAUGUAAGUAUAGAUACGUUUAUACUUAGUACUAUUACUUUAAAGCAUUCAACACUGCAAAGAAUUUUAUAAUUUUUUAAACGAAUCUUUCCGCUGCGUUUGUGGCGAUAAGGACAAAAAUUUUAUCAAAUUACUGUAACGUUACUGUGCCUUCGGCGUUGAAUGCUCUAAGAACAUAAUCGUCGUUUUGUGUAUUUUAAAUAUUGGUAUGUACUGGUUUGAUUGUGCCUGAAAAAUUCAUCAAUGCCGCUCCAAACCUCAAAAUUAUGUAUGUGUAUAAUAAGUAAGCAAUUAAGCAUAAAAAAUGAGUUCUGACGUAUGAAUAGUAGGGUAGUUAUUUCGGCAUAAUACAUUAUGUAUUUUGACCAGAUUGACUCGAAGAGUGAUUGCAUUAUUCAGUUAUGACGUAGUUUUAUUUUUAAUGGGGAAUAUGAGCAAAUCUGUGUGACGUUAGUGUCUAAAAUAGUACAAAUGAGAAGACUUAUUGUCAUAAGCAUCGGACUAUUCAACAUUGCAAAUGCUAGGUUUGAGAUGUAUCCCUGUGUACUAGUUUUAUUUUGUACUAAAAGUUAAAAAUAAAUGAGUAAGUAAUUACAA